UUCCUGAUUCGCCGAGUACAGCGUUGUCCUUAAUACUUUAUUCUCGUAUUUUUGUUGGUUCUGGCUGUCGGUUAUUUACCCUGUCCAUCCAAAUCAUUGCAGUUACUACGCUUUGGAGAUUGAACAGCACUCACUCCGCAGCUGUUUCUCUCGUUGGCAGUCUGGGAAUCUACAAUGGCAAACAGUAAGCCCACAACCAGCGUGAAUCUUGACGGACCCAGUGUGCAGCGUUCUGCUGAACCAGGUGCAUUCGCGAGCGGAGACCAAGAACCGUUUAAAGUGAUGGACCAGGCGUGCGCAUGGAUGAAGGCCAAGUGGGAGGAGGAACGACUGAGCGAACGACUGACCAUCAGCAUGCUGGAACAGCGAGUGCUGCAGCACGAGCGUGUCAUUGACGAGCAGAAAACGGCGCUCAAUAAGCAGCAGACCGAGAUCUAUUCCAAAGACGGGAUGAUUGCCGAGCAGCAGGCCAGUGCAGCGGACAGUCAGCGCCGCAUCCAGGAGCUCGAGGCGCAUUUAGCGGAGGAACAGCGCCGUGUCGCGGCGCUGACGGCGCGCAACGCCAAACUCAUGCAGGUUACUGAGUCCUUCCGUGGGGUCUUUGCCGUGUACGCUCAAAACCGCGACGUAGUGGACGAAUUGAUGAAUGCCCAAGGAGACGCCGGCAAUCCUGUUCGCACAAUUCCGGAUGCCGUCCUGAUUGCGGCUUCUGCUGUGGUCGCUGCUGAAGAGCAGCCCGUGGCGUUUGGCGCUGGCAGCGCGGAAUCCCCGACUGCACCGCGUGAUCCCGCUGCGCCGCCAUCCGCGCCGGUGAUUCCGGUGGAAACGAUCGACGAACACGCGGUGUUGGACACGCAGCGGGCGACCCCUCCGCCGCCGCCCGCUGCGGACGCUGCGGCGUCAACCGACCACCAGGGUGUGGCGGCGGACACGGCCAUCCCUCCCGCCUUCCCCAUCAGUGCAUCCUCGGAACGCACCACCGCGCCACCGGCUUAUCCAUCAAUUCGCGUAACUCUUCGCAAAGUAGUGACACCCGCGCUCGUUUAUCGCUCCCCCAGCGAGGAUUCCGCGGCAACACAGGCCGCCGGCGCCACGGAGACGCGUCCGCCCAAGACGGUCGGCUGCCCGCCGGUGCCGGAGAGCCGCGGGAAGCGAAAGCGGGCGCAGUCGGUGCUGGCGGUCAGCACGUGCCCGGUGUGCCAGGUGGAGUACGCCGACGCUGAGGAUCUGCGCCGGCACGCGUGUCCGCUGCUGCGCCGGCACCGCUGCCGCGCCGCGGGCUGCCACAAGCGCUUCAGCAGCGACGCCAGCCGGCGCCGCCAUGAGAGCAAGUUCCAUGCCGGUCAGCCGAAACCCGGCAGCGCUGAGUGA